CGCUCGCGCACACAGCGCUCGCACGAGGACGGCAGGCCGCACGUCCACGCGACGGCGCCUUCGGGAGCCUUUUGAGAAGCGCCAGCACAGAACCGGCGCGAGGCCACCGAAGGAGUUUUACCUGCAGAAAGGAUUGAGCAAGGAGUUUCCGCAAUGGAGAAGAGGGAAGGUGAUAACUGUACCAUUGAUCAGAACACAGCUCAGAGCAUCAAGCCAAGAAGAAAUACAGGAAACCUUAGCAACUUGAAUGUGGAUAUGCAAAUUACUAGUACACCAGAAGCAGCUGCACUUUUUAGUUUACACCAAGCACACCAUUUUGGUGAGUUUGAAUGCUCUUCAGAACAGCACUGCAAGCAGGAUCUAUUCCCCAAAUGGCACCUGCCAAUGAAGAUAGCAUCUGUGAUCUCAUUCUUAAUGUUUGUUUACACUUCUCUGAGAGAUGUCAUACAUCCUUUUAUAACCAGAAAAGAAAAUGUUUUCUAUAAAAUUCCAAUCCUCGUCAUAAACAAAGUUUUACCAGUGGUUUCAAUUACUCUUUUAGCACUGGUAUAUCUACCAGGAAUAUUAGCUGCUGGUUUCCAGCUGUACUCUGGUACCAAGUACAAAAGGUUUCCCCAGUGGCUGGAUAGAUGGAUGUUAUCAAGAAAACAAUUUGGACUUCUCAGUUUCUUCUUCGCUACAAUGCACGCCUGCUAUAGCCUAUGCUAUCCAAUGAGAAGAUCGUACAGAUACAAGUUGCUGAACUGGGCAUUCCAGCAGGUCAAACAAAAAAAAGAAAAUGCCUGGAUUGAACAUGAUGUUUGGAGAAUGGAGAUUUAUGUGUCUCUAGGAAUUCUGGGACUGGCUUUGCUGGCAUUAUUGGCAAUAGCGUCAAUUCCAUCUGUCAGUCACUCUUUGACCUGGAGAGAGUUCCACUACAUUCAGAGCAAGAUGGGAUAUUUAGCUCUGCUGCUGUGCACAGUUCAUGCACUGGUGUUUGCUUGGAAUAAGUGGGUUGAUGUUAACCAAUUUGUCUGGUACACACCACCUUCAUUUAUGGUAGCAGUUUUUCUUCCUAUUGUAGUCUUGCUCUGUAAAUGCAUACUGUUCCUCCCAUGUUUUAGGAGGAGGAUAAAAAAGAUCAGAUGUGGUUGGGAAGCCAACACACAAGCCAAUCAAACCAGCAUAACUUCCAGAUUGUAGAUAAAGUAUGGACAAUUCUUGUCUGCUGCAUGUAAAUAUGCCUAGGUCUGUGAAAUGUUCACUUGCCAGCUCUGUUUUCAUAUUUUGCUUAGACGUUUCUUUUAUACAUUUCAUUUCCACUUCAGGUGUAUGGGGUAUUAUUUUAUGCUAUCUGGACCUUUGCUGGAUGGGACAGCAAUUUUACAUUUUAAUCUAUUUGACAUUCUGAUAUUUGCUCUUUUGUUUCUCCUGAUUCAGUGCUUUUAAAUUCCAAGUGCUUCCUCCCCUCAAUCAUAUUUCAGUUGUAAGCAAAAACGAUCAUAAAUCACUGUCCCAGAUGACCACAGAAAGUAAAUAAAUGAGUACACUGCAGAGUUCAGGAAUGCUUUCUGCUUCCCACAGUCAUGUUUGUCCCCUGGUAACAUCUCAGUAUUACAGUGGGACAGUAACUGGGUAUUUACCAUCCUGAUCCCCCAUACACCCUUCAUUCUACACAUUUCACUCUGCAGAAGGGGGACCUUAGCACGUGGCAAGACAGAAGCCACGUUGCAUGCCAGCAGGUAUUGAACUUAAGGCAAUCAGAGAAGUAGAAUUCUAGGGAGCUUUACAGAGUAAAUUUCUCCUGAGGUUUAGACACAAUCUAAACAAAUUUUUAUUAGAUUCCAAUCUACAGCUUACAGCACAUACAUCUUACAGACAUCUUAUAUGGUGUGUGUCUCUGUUUACUACACCUAAAACUGUAAAACAUCCCCCCCCCCCUUUUUUUUCCAUGAAUAUGUUCUUUUGUUUCUGAUGCUGGAAAUUUUCCAUGCUUUUGACCUAAGCCUGUAGCCCUUGACAUGUACUAAACUUUAUUCACACAAAUUACUCCUGUGGGAUAGCAGUGGGAUUUUACUACUUACUCUAGAGCCAGCACAAUUGUAUGACUAGAAGAAAAACAUCAAAAAUAGACAUUUGAAUCAUGACAUUGAUUGGGUGAGAUUUUCAUGCAAAAUUGCUUCUGGAUGCAUUGGCGUUUACUAAAAUUCUAGCACAAGCUAAUGAAACUUCACUUUUUUAUGUUGUCUAGGUCUGAUAAUUAUUUUAAAGAAAUAGUUUGUUAGCAUCUAUUUUAAGAUAUGUUACACAGUAGUUACGAUGCUCACCCAAAAUCAGAAACAUCCUGUUGCCAGUCUCCCCACAUGAGUUGACUAGGAUGGGGACUAAUGAUGUCAUCUACUGCUGCGAACAUUUGAAUUCUAAUUGGUAAUGAUUCUGAUAUUAAAACAGAAACAGGAAAACUAUGGCUGCAUAAAAAAAUAUGUAAUAAAUACAUGGAGCUAAUGAUUCUGCAACUAAUGAUCCUGUUGUAUAGUUUUGGACUUUGAGCGUAAAUAACUGACCAACAAAGAUACUACAUUUUCUAUUUUUUUGUGGUUGUAAUUCCAUGCAAUUAUUGCAGUUCAAAAGUUGGCCUUAUUUUUUGCUUUUAUUGUAGUAAGAUAUUGCUGCAGAAAAUAUAGCAGGAUUGUGGUGGUCUGUGUAAUAUAGACCAAAGAGAAAUGAGUUGGCAUUGUGUAUAAACUCAGUAAUGCAUGACAGAGACAAACACUGUCUAAAACACAGGAAACCAGUCUGCAAUGUGAAUCUAAGAAAUCUAAAAUAGAAAAGGAAAAGUGCACUUUUCAAUAUGUUAACAUUUAAAUUUCUAUAGAUGAAAUAAGGAAAAUUAAUUAGAAAUAGAAUUAGGGAUAAAGAAUAAGAUCUACAAAAGGCUUAUUCAGAGUAUUACCUUCACUUUGUUGUCAGGAGUCAUGAAAAAACGUACUAAAAUUAAGUUCCCUAGUGGAACAGGCUUAGGGAGGUGCAAUGAUAAAGAAAUCUAAUUGUAUUCUGUAUUAUCCAUUAACUAUUCAGAAGGUGUGCCCAAAUUUACCUUCUAAGACAAAGCAGAGAUUGUAAGUUCUGCAGGCAAUCCCUAUAUGCAUCCAGUGAAAAAUUAACAUUUGGUUUUAUUGAAAGAUUUGUUAAAUUGUGCUCUCCAGAAUCAGUCCUACUUCAUCUUAGAAAAUUCUGGAGAACUUAAUUCAAUCUCCAACUUUGUUAAAUUCUGGUCAAAAAGUUGGAUUCAUUGUUUACAGCUGACCAUAGAAGCCAGCCAUUUGACCCAGAGUAAAAUAAACAGCUGCAAGGGUAACCAAGUGUUGUGACACAGAGCAGAACCUGACCCUUGAUCACGGAAAACUGAAAGGAGGUGAAUGAAGACACUGCUUGGAAUAAGCCAUUUAAAGCUAUUAGUAUGGCGUGUGUUAAAAAAGAAAAAACAAGACAAAUAUAUAUGUGUGUUCCUGUGGAGAGCAAAUAGUUCUUGGGAAUAAAAAUGGACUUCAGGGCUUUUCAUUAUCACCAUUACUAAUUGAAAUCCUUUGAAAGUAGGCUCAAUUAGAUGUGAUCUUCCUUUUUCUGUGAUCACAUCAGUUUACACUGAGAUCCAUUAGCAUUGAGAAGAGCUGUAUGGUCAAUAUGAGUAUGAAAUUAAAAGUUGUUUUGGCCCUUUUGAAACACUUGUCCAAGUUCUCAUAACUUUUUCUCACUUAAAUCUAUAAGACAUUGUCUUAAUUUGGUGUCUAACAGAUAGAUCUUUAUUGCAGGUACCAUCAUUAGAAGACAGGCCAAAAACUGUGGGCCUGUAAAUAUAUUACAUACACUUCACUGUAAAAAGUGCUCCAGGCAUCUGUUCUAAGGCAUCUUUAUCUAAGCAGAAGGAAAGAACUGUUACCCAUACUGUUAUACUUACAAUGUAUAAAAUCAGAACAAGGCAUAUUACAAGCACAAAACUCCUUUCAAGAAGUACUAAAGAAAAUGCUUGUACAUGUACAUCUUUAUUUAUGUAGGUAUUCUUAGUGCAGCAGCAAAGAAUUUAGAAUCAUCACACUUAAAGCUAUAGAGAAGUUGUGUCCUAACAAAGCAUUCUAUUAUUCUAUUCUGCUUUAUGCACUCAUUAUACAAGGUAGUACAAAAUAGCAUAACUUCAUUAAUUUUAAUAUCUGUUACUAUGGGUUGAAAUACUAACUUAAAUUACAAAUGAAAACCAAUUACAAGAUUGUCCCGUGCUAUCCAAAUUGACAUUUAGCCUCAUCGCUCAGUUGAGGACAUUAAGCACACUUCAGUUUUUCUUUCUAGAAUUGCCCAAUGGUCUUUUACCAGCUGAAGUUUGCAUAGCAUCUACCAAAGCUAUUUCUAAAAUGACACAUCCAAUCAAGCAGAUUUUUUCCGGUGGAUUCUCUCAAAUGGGAGCCAGAUUUUCUGUGUAACAACUAGUUUUUCCUCUACAAAGCACUGUUCAAUGUUUAGGGCCAGAAUUUGAGACCUCAUAUCAAGUUUCUUCUCUGCUUUAUAAGUUUUAAGUAAACUGUUUAACCUCUAAGUAACUCACUUCCCAACUACUGGAACAGUAACACUUUCCAGGACAUUGCAACAGUAGGUUCAAGGUCCAAGACAUAUUAGAUACAAUGCAGGGGGGAGAUCACCUAAGGCCUAUAAAGGGCUAGAAAAGAAAAUGCUGUUGACAGUAUUUCAUUUUUUCCCUUUGUAAUGGAUAUGAUUUAGUUGAAAAAUAAUCAAAAUAUGUGUAUAUGCACCUUUUAAUUUAUGCUUAUCUAGCCAUUUCAAAAUGCAGUGUAUUAAUAUGCCUAUAUACUACUAAAAUGCAUAUAAACAAUGAAUCUGCUAGUUUGGGGCAUUGAUUUAUAUAACACUGAUUACUUUUAUAAAAUUAUGCAUCAUUAAAUGCUUCAGUGUGUAUCAUAUCUGCCAUUGUGUCAUACGCAUCUAGGCCUGUACAAGGAUAAAAAGGCACAAGAAGUUCAAGAAAAGCUGUUGAUACGAACAAUAAACUGGCUUUAAUCAAAGGGAACCAUUCUCCCCAAACUGGCUGCAGUGGUCUGGAGUCUCCAAAGGAGGGAAGACAGAGAUGUGAGAAGCAAAAAGGAUGCUUUCCUAGUGGAAUGUACAAAAAAGAGUAGGAAACGUUUUACUGACAGACCACAUAUGUUGCAGUCAGAGGAGAUUUUGUGAAUGAACAUAAGGCUGAGCUAGUUGUGGAAUGCUUGGAGAUAGAUCUGUGAUCCUUGAAAGCACUGUCUGAAGACCAAGAAGGGUGCAGGCGUGGAGGAUAGGAAUUGAUCGCUCUAGUGUGAACAUUUUUGCAAUGCCUUUAAAAAGGCUGCAGACUGUUUCAUUUCACUUGUUACAUGCCCUUGAUGUAUGAAUUCAGAGAUACAGAAUUGGAACUCUGGAGAGAGACUUUUAAAUUGCUGAGGAGAUUUGAGGAAUUUUAUGCCAAGUUUAUCUGGGUUAAUCAGAUCCCAGAAUACUGUUCCCAAGAAGUGGUACCAACAAUCAGUGCCAGGGCCAUGCUGGGUGUUUUCGAUGUAAAUUCCUAUUGACAGCAGCAUUCUGUGUAAGCAGUGCCUUUUCUGUUCUCUGAGGUCUGCUAACACAAGUGGUUAAAGCUGUGAAGAUAAUCAGACCAAGGAAUUUGAUCCAAUUGAAAAGUAAUCUAGGGAAAAGGAUGAUUCAGCCAGAUCAAUACCCUAGUCUGAUUCACUUGACAGCCACACAUAGGCUGGCACAAAGGUCAGGAAGAGCAGUGGCAUGAAAAGGCAAUUUAACUUAAAUCAGUUUAAACUGGACAGAGUUCAGUCGUAUCUAUCCAAAUGAGCCUAGUGACUGUCCUGCUGAGGUGAGAUGUUAACCUGAAUUUUGACUGAUGACAAUAGAUAUUAUGUGUUCUUACAUUCGGUACUCCCAUUGAGAAGAAUGAUCUGUAUCAGCAAACUCAUGUUUUCUGUUAACAAGACUUUUAAGUGCAAGAACUGAUGGAAAGAAUUUAUAUUCUUCCAAAACAACUAACUCCCUGAUUUCCAGAUAUGUUAGCUCGCAAGUAGCUGUGUUUGUGGAUUAGAUGAUCAAAUGCAAGGUCAAGGCCCACUCCAAAACUGGAUGAAAAGCUCAUUUAUUGCCAUCUACCUAAAUUUUUCUCCACUGUCCAACAUUCUUGUUUUCUUCAUUAAAAGCUUGAUCCCAUUCCCACUAUAGUAUGGUCACUGAAAAUACUACUUAAAAUAAGAUGAAAUUCUUUGCUCCUGCAGCUACCUCAUAUAGCAACACUUCAGAACUUUUCUUGGCAAGAGCUUCUGAAAUUCAAAAAACUUCAUUCUGUUGCAGUAGCAGGAAUGCUUUAUUGCUUGGUUUAUUUGUCAGACUCUUAGUUUUCCAUGAAUCAGUAGACAAAAAAUGUGUUCUAGAAAUUAUCACCAAAACAUACAAAACGGACUGACCUCAACAUAACUGUGGAACUGCUUGGCUUCAUUUGUACAGAAGAUGAUCUCAUAUCUUCCUUUCUUUUCCACUACAUCCACAGUUUCUACUAUUGUCCCUUGAUAACAUGAAAUGUUAUGUUAACCUUUUUUGAACUUCAGAAUAACUUUUAAUAAUGAUUUUCUUAAAAUGAGAUAGAAUGAAUUGGUUAAAAAAAUAAAACACAAAGAUGGAAUUCUGAAAACAUGCUGAAACCUCUGGAAAGUGUAAUGUGCUCUAAUCACUUUUAUGAGUGUCUGUCAAUGGUUGAUCAUUGCCACUGAUCUUUUUCAGUAGUGCCAGAAUUUCUUGGUCCCAUCAGGGUGUUCUGUUGCUGAUGGCAAAACAAUUUCUUCUGGUGAGACCUUGGAUCCCAUAAAAUCCCUUUGAAUCAGUGUGGUACAACUGAGUUAAUAAGUAUGCAUAAUAAGUUUUCAGAGAUUUUCAAAUGAAAAUAUAUAAAACCAGACAGUGAAUCAAACUUUGUAAACUUAAAAAAGACCAUAGCUACUUCCAAUAAAGAGGA